GCGUCAGGUGAUCCGAACUGAGCGGCGUUGAGUCUGAGACCGCGGGGCCGUGGUUUAUGCGUGCAAGCGCCCAUCCGGGGUUAGAUCAGCGCCUCGGACCGGCUCGGCCUAUGGAUGAAACGAGCCCGCUGGUAUCUCCAGAGCGCGGUCCGGCCCCGGGGUAUGGGCUGCCUGGGGGUGCCGUGCGCUCCCCGCCCUGCCCCGCUGCCCCUGCUACUCCCGCUGGACCGUGUCCCUGUCCUUCCCCACCGGGAUCCCCCGCAGGUGGCCGCGACCGGGAGCGCCAGCCACUGUUGGAUCGGGCUGGUGGGUCGGAGCGUGGAGCCACGCGGGGGACUGUAGCAACAGCCGGGGCGACCCAGACUCAGGCUCAAGUGGGGGUCGGAGUAGGGAUCGCCGCGGGUCGAGGUGAACGGGAGCACCGGAAUGAAUUUCCCGAUGACCCAGAAUUCGCCGAGGUGGUGCGACUGGCAGAGCUGGCGAGCGAACGCGGAAUCUACCCUGAGCGCAUCUACCAAGGUUCUAGCGGCAGCUAUUUCGUCAAGGAUCCGCAGGGGAAAAUCAUUGGUGUGUUCAAACCGAAGAAUGAAGAACCCUAUGGGCAUCUGAACCCAAAGUGGACAAAAUGGCUGCAAAAACUUUGCUGUCCCUGCUGUUUUGGAAGAGAUUGUUUAGUUCUCAACCAAGGAUAUCUGUCUGAAGCUGGUGCAAGCCUUGUUGACCAAAAGCUGGAAUUGAACAUUGUACCUCGCACAAUGGUGGUGUACUUGGCCAGUGAAACAUUUAACUACAGUGCCAUUGACAGAGUGAAGUCCCGGGGCAAGCGUCUGGCCUUGGAAAAAGUGCCAAAGGUUGGGCAGAGGUUUCAUCGAAUUGGUCUUCCACCAAAGGUGGGUUCAUUCCAGCUUUUUGUGGAAGGCUAUAAGGAUGCAGAUUACUGGUUGCGGCGCUUUGAGUCUGAGCCUCUUCCAGAAAAGAGUAACCAUCAAUUGUUGCUACAGUUUGAGAGAUUGGUGGUGCUGGACUAUAUUAUACGCAAUACUGAUAGGGGUAAUGACAACUGGCUGAUCAAGUGUGAUUGCCCCCUGGACAGUACAAGUAUGCAGGACUCAGAAUGGGUUGUAGUCAAGGAGCCUAUAAUUAAACUGGCAGCCAUUGACAAUGGUUUGGCUUUCCCUCUUAAGCAUCCAGACUCUUGGAGAGCAUAUCCUUUCUAUUGGGCAUGGCUGCCACAGGCGAAAGUGCCAUUUUCUCAAGAGAUCAAGGAUCUUAUCCUGCCAAAGAUUUCAGACCCUAAUUUUGUCAAGGAUUUAGAAGAAGAUCUCUAUGAACUCUUCAAGAAAGAUCCAGGUUUUGACCGAGGCCAAUUUCAUAAGCAGAUUGCAGUAAUGCGUGGUCAGAUCCUAAACUUGAUGCAAGCCCUGAAGGAUGGGAAGAGCCCUCUUAACUUGGUCCAGAUGCCUCCUGUUAUUGUAGAGACUGCUCGCUCCCAUCAACGCUCUGCCAGUGAAUCAUAUACACAAAGCUUCCAGAGCCGCAGGCCCUUCUUUACCUGGUGGUAGCAGUUGAACUUUAGAGGGGGCAUCAUUUGAGAGCAAGCAAUCAACCCUCCAGACUGAGGUUGUCUGCUGUAGAUGGUCGGGAAUUUAAGCAGGGUCAGUCUCAACUCUGCACGUUCCCUGUGAGAAACAAGGGAUGUUCAUUGGUCUGAUUGCUGCUGCCUUCUCUUUGGGCUGGACAGGUCCUAUCAUCAGCCCAAGCAUGACAGCAUUUCCUAGCGGGAGCCUGCAUGCCAUGCCCUUUUGUUUCAAGAUAUCCUUCUAAUGUUCAUUUGGAUGGACAUCUCAUAAGGUCUCCUACAAGGAAGGGCUGAUGGUGAGGGGAUAAUCCAAAUUGGAUGGAAGCACUUCACUGUCUAUAACUGCCAGCCUUGUUGUUCCUUCCUUCCUUGUUGCACAUUUGUUAUUCCUGUUGAAAGCAGGUUUUCCUGCCCCACUGGAUUUGCUGUUUCUCUUGUCCUAUGGAGAAGCUCCUAGGGUGUAUGCCUUGGAGCUGUUCAAUAGGAAAUGUGGCUAUAAUCAGAAUUUAAUCUGAUAUAAAGUAAUUUAUUGAGGAUUGGGCCAAAGCCAAUUGUAACAGCUUCAAUUCCACUUAGGAUAAAUAAUAGGGCAGACGGAUUCUGCAAGACAACCAUAGAGCAAAAAUUAACUAGUGCGCUUCCCAUUCCUCAUAUGUGGCUAGGACCAAGGGCCUCAAAUACUAGUUUUUAAUUUGGUUUUAAAUUAUCCAUCCCAUGCUCAUACAUUCAUGCUCCACAUAGUCCUAGAGCAAGCGAAUAAGAGGUUAUAUACCUACCACUAUUACCUUGGUUAGCAUUUUAGACAUUUCUAGUAUUCCCAAGAGUAAGCAAUAGCUGUCUCUCAUCUCUAGAAAUGCUGGCUGAUUUAGGAGAUAAGAGAGGCUAUUCCAGAGGCAAUGGUGUGCAUUGUCCUACAGAGUGGGAGUUCUAUUGGGCUGGUUUGAGCAUUGACAAUCUGUAGCGGGAGGGAAGUGGGGAGGGAAAUUCUCUGUGGGAUGCUGACAUGGGGAGAUAUCUUCUACAGGGCUGUAGAGAAUUGUAAGAGGAAGGUAGAAUUUCUACCAUAUCAAGAUGAUGUUCUAUGUACAGUGGAUUUGCUGCUUCUCAUAGGCUACUGUACUAAACCUCUGGCAACAAGAACUUAUUUGAAAUUUUAUAUAUAAGUUUCCCAGUUGGCUACUUGGCUGCUUCCCAGACCUACAAGAAGAGACCUUUUACUAAUUCCAGCUUCCUGCCUCUUAAUAAAAUCCUGAUAUGCUGAAUGUAGGACCUCUUUUUCUCUGGUGUUGCUGGCUCAAGAGACAGCUUCCUGCAUUUUGCUAGAGGUGGCAGGCAGAAGCUGGCACUUGGAAAUACUUUACAUUUUUGCCAGUCCGAACUGAAAUGUAUUGUUCUUAUGCACUAUAGAAAUGUAUGUAAUAUAUUUAAAUCAAUGCAAGUCUCUUCAUAACAGAUCUGCUGUUACAGA